UAUAUAUGUCCGGCCGUACUACGUCGCGACGACGCCCACGACGCUUCGGCAGUCGGUGGUUCGCGACGCGGAGCGUAUCAGUAUAUCCCAGCGAUCGCGAGAAAGGCGGCGUCGAACGCACAGGUAGCGUAGAAUCGAAACAAAAUAGAAAAUGGCGAACCAACCACGACUGGUGAACAAGCAGUUCAAUUCGCCGAUCGGCUUGUACUCGGAACAGAGCAUCAGAGAUGUCAUCGAACGAGAAAAACAGAUCCUGGCCAACGGUGCCGUCGGGAUUGAUUUUCACAAUCCGGCUGUCGGCAAACCGACCAACUUGCAGAACUCGGCCGUUCUGCGAAUGCUGGAGGAGGAGGAACACAGACAGAAAAGCGGCCGAGCCGGUCAUGACGAUUACAUUCCAAAACCGCUGCGAGACGUAGUGUGGCCACCGACAGAGCACGAUCAUACUAAUCACCUUAGGUCUUCGUUUAGAGACGUGGUGACUCCAGGAGUUAAACGAGUGGCGUGGCCGCCCCCACAAGAGGGUAUUCUAGAUCCCUUGGAAGCGCAAGCCGCCGCGCAGGCCGCUGGACAACCACAGGGUGGAUAUCAGUAUCCCAACCAGUCUCCCAACUUCAACCAGAACCAGAAUAACUACCCCGUUCAGCAGCAACCCUCCCAACCACCUUACCGGCCCCUCAAGCCCUUGGACGUGUCUUCCGUCGGUUCCGGAUCGCCCCUGGCCUCUCCCCACGUAAACCAGAGCCCGCAAGGCUUCCGCCCCGCAACUCCCAGCAAGGGUUGGGCUCCCGUCCACUCACCCGCGUCCACUCCCCAAUAUCAGUCGCCGCAGCAGCAAUUCGGCGCCCCUAAUCAACGGUACCAGUCCCAACCCCAGUACCAACCCGUAUCACAACCUUAUCAGCAGCCCGGUCAGCAAUAUCAAUCUCAACAGUACCAGGUCCAGCAAACCCAACAGUACCAGUCCACCCAGUACCAACAGGAGUACCAAACCCCUUCCCAACAGCAGUACCAGGUUUCCUCUCAGCACUACCAGACUUCUUCCCAACAGCAAUACCAACCCCAAUCCUUUGCUCAACCGCCUCAACAACCUCAACCGGUGGCUGCUCAGGCACAGGCAGCACCUAGGCCGCAAGCGAAGCACGUAGAACCUCCACCGUCCACCAUCACACUCCGUCAGCAGGCUCCGGUGAGCCAGCCUUCUCCACCAGUCUAUUCGGCGCAGCCAGCGACGGCGUCCCUUAAAGUUGUUGUAGGAGGAAGGAACCUCCGGGGCGACCUAAAAUGGCCGCCCGAGAACGUCAAGUUCCAAAUCGAGGAGGAAAACAGGCAGCGCAUCGAACUGGCGAAAGGACCGGCGUUUAGACCGAAACGGAAAGACAAAGACUACACCAGGUUCUUCGAGGAGCACGCUCUGAACAGCUCGUACCCGGGAUAUAAAAUUCCGCCCGGUACCCAGUUCUACAGGCCGUUGUAGAGCUAGGACCAUGUGAUAUCUUUCGAGGCUUAUAACUGUUUUUUUUUUCGUUGUCAAGUCCCCCCAUAUGUGAAACAGAUGGAAUCGGCUGGGGGACUGUACAACUCACUUUACGUAAUAGUGUAACUUUUCGCUUAAAUCGCCGCGUUAUUUUUUUAGUUUUUAACUACGAUGCUGUUUUACUAACGUUACCGUAGACUCCCUAACCCCCCCCCCCCUCCCCAAAAAAAAAGUCAAAAUUAGUUUUAGGAACGAGUUACCGCCGCUUUUCGAACUUACCGUUACGUAUGGAAAUCACGAGACGAGCUUUUGCUGUUUUUCGCAAAGUGUAUAUUACUAUAUAUAUUGGUUAAAUACGCAAUAUAAUCGAUAUUUGUACCGUGUACUUUCGUUUAAAUAAAAAAGUCUUUCAAGAAAAUAAAA